UGUUAAGUCUAGCUUGAUGUUCAUCGGAACUAAUGUGAAGUUGUCCUAAUUGUCGAUUCAGUAUGCACCCCCAUUCUUUUUUCUUUACUAUAAGAAAACUAAAACUUCAAGCCAAUUAAGAAAUAAACUUUUUUUUUCCUUGCAAGUCCUGCGUGUACAAACAGGAUACUCUGGUGGGGUCCCAUGCUUUCAUGUUUGUGCCGUGAUUUGUCAUUGUUGGAGGUAGAAGAUUCUUCACGCGCAAUUGCCUGAGAAUGAGGAUAUAUAUUUUGGCAUUGACAAAUACCUGGCAUACAUCAGCUUCCUUCUGUAGACUCACUAAAGAGCUGCCAGUGCCACGGCUGAGAGGAUAAUUUCCUCUUUCUUUCUUCCACUCGUGGUGCUACUACUUACCCAGCCAAGAUGCCCUUUACUACUUUCCUUUUUUUUAUGUCUUCUUGUCGAGUAACAGAAAUACCAACCCAACCCAACUGAACAGAAUCUUUGUUGCUGCAUAUGUUCUCACUACAACAACUCCUUCCUGUUGUUCUGUCUGAUUUAGAUUUGCUUAUAGUACUUCCAGACGUGUAUAAUAUAACACUUCUCAAAAUCAAAUUUUUGUUGGCAAUGUUUCUGCAAGACGGGCAUAUUGGGUUUACGGAUACAAGCAAUAGCAAUCCUUCCUGGAAGUUCCUCUUUUUGUUUUUCAUCUAUACUGUUCUUAUGUGUUUCGGAUCGUGAUAAAAGUUUGCAAAUUCAGAUUUACUAGGCUUUGUUGGAUACAAAUCUUGAAGGCAAGUUCUCGAUAUGGAUGAUGGAAAUGGUCCUAAUUUUAUUCCUGACUCUGCUUUCGAGAACUUCUCUGGCACUUCCAUGGACUUGGAUUUCAUGGAUGAGCUCCUGUAUGAAGGAUGUUGGUUGGAGACUGCCAAUGAGUUCAACUUUUUGCAGGCUGGUACUAUAUCCUCUAGUGAUCUAAAUGACCCUCGGCAAUAUUUUCCUCUUUUUGAGCCCAACAGCAGUAAUUCGAAUGUAAAUUCUCAUCAAGAGAACUAUCAAGGUGUGGAUGAACUUGGUGGGAUUGGAUCCCAAAACCAGAAUAUUCGUUCUUUAGACCAAUCCGGAAGUUUUCCAGAUGAGAGCAAUGAAUUGGGUAGAAGAUUGUGGAUUGCACCAACUGCAACAGGACCAUCUUCUCCGGUAAGAGACAGAUUGAUGCAUGCCAUAGGACAGGUGAAAGAAUGCACCAAGGAUAGGGAUGUCCUUAUUCAGAUAUGGGUUCCGGUGAAGAAAGAAGGCAAGAAUGUCCUUACCACUAUUGGCCAGCCAUACUUGCUCGAUCGUAAAUGCCAGAGUCUUGCAAGUUACAGAAAUGUAUCAAAAGACUUUCAGUUCCCAGCAGACGAGGACUCAAAAGAGUUGGUUGGUUUGCCCGGCCGAGUUUUCUUGAGGGAGUUGCCUGAGUGGACUCCAGAUGUUCGUUUCUUCAGAGGGGUUGAGUAUCUACGUAAAAGCCAUGCGAAGCAACUCAAUAUUAGAGGAUCCUUGGCGGUUCCUGUUUUUGAACGGGGCAGCAGGACUUGUUUGGGGGUUAUUGAGGUCGUAACGACCACUCGAGACAUCAGUUACCGUCCAGACCUAGAAAAUGUCUGCAAAGCUCUUGAGGCUGUUGAUCUUAGGAGUCCGCAAGAUUUCUGCCCUCCAAGACUGAAGGUUUGCAAAGAAGUUUGCCAAGCGGCAGCUCCUGAGAUAUCAAAGAUUUUGGAGUCUGUGUGCAAGGCACAUAGAUUACCUUUAGCUUUAGCGUGGGCCCCAUGUUUCCGGGAAGGUAAAGGUGGAUGCCGGCAUUUUGAUGAGAGCUAUUCUUAUUUUAUUUCUUUGGUGAAUUCUGCUUACUUUGUAGCUGAGAGAGACGACUGGGGAUUCUAUAUGGCUUGUUCCGAGCAAUACCUCUCCUUUGGUCAGGGGAUUGUUGGAAGAGCAUUCGCAACAAACAAACAGUGUCUUUCAACUGACGUAGCAGCCUUUAGCAAGACAGAUUAUCCACUCUCUCACCAUGCUAAAAUGUUUGGGUUGCAUGCUGCCAUAGCCAUUCCACUACAAAGCUCCUAUGCUGGAUCAGCUGAUUUUGUCUUGGAGUUAUUCUUGCCAAAGGAUUGCCGUAACACUGAAGAACAAAAACAAAUGUCGGACAUAUUGCCUAUCACCGUACAACAGGCCUGUCAGAGUUGGCAUGUUAUCAUGGACAAGGAGCUUGAGGAAACAGUCAACAAGAAAAUGGUAGUUGCUUCAGAUGAGAGAUUUCAUAAAGAUGAAUCUCAGAAAUUUGCAUCUUCAUUGUUCAAAGAUUCCUCUAAAGCAGAGUCAUCCUGGAUUGCCCGAACGGUGGAGGCUCAACAGAAAGGUAAAGGUGUCUCUGUCUCGUGGGACCAUACAAAAGAGGAACCUAGAGAAGAGUUCAAGGUAAAAUCUCAACGGGGUAGGACUCAGGACGAUAGGUAUCACAAACAGGCGUUUCCAGCGUUCGGGCAAUUUCAGCAAAAUUCUGGACCCAAAAGCAGUAUCGAAGCUGGCACAGAUUCAUCUUCUGCUGGGCGCCACUCAUUAGGCAGCAUAAAAUUUGGUGACAAGAGACGGACCAAGACAGAGAAGACAAUCAGCUUGGAAGUUCUUCGACAGCACUUUGCUGGAAGCCUUAAAGAUGCUGCGAAGAGUAUAGGCGUCUUAGAUUUAAUGGAGACCUUCUUAGCAUAUCCACCUGGAAGCUUGACUACACAGAAUGUUUGCAUAGAGUUCAAUCGUUCAGACUUUCUGAUGUGCCCCACCACUCUGAAAAGAAUAUGCAGGCAACAUGGCAUCACCCGUUGGCCCUCUCGAAAGAUUAAGAAGGUUGGCCAUUCAUUGAAGAAACUUCAACUCGUGAUUGACUCAGUACAAGGUGCUGAGGGUGCCAUUCAAAUGGGUUCCUUCUAUGCAACUUUCCCAGAAUUGACCUCUCCAAAUCUUUCUGGUAAUGGUGGUCUUCCAUCAACCAAGACGGAUGAAAAUUUCAAGCAGUUAAACCCUCAACCUGAGAGUGGCAUAUUUAGUGCUGCACCUAGUGCUUUAAAAUCCCGAUCCUCAUCAUGGAGUCACAGUUCUGGAUCGAGUAUCUGCUGUUCCAUUGGGGUAAAGCAGGACACAACCACCAAUAAUGGCUCAGUUAGCGGGGAUCCAUUAAUGAUAGAGGACCAUGGUGAUGUGCUUAAGAGAACACACAGUGAUGCGGAAUUGCAUGCCUUGAGUCGUGACGAAACAAAGUGUCUCGUAAGAUCUCAAAGCCACAAAACAUUUGGUGACCUUCCAAGUCCAAAGACACUGCCGCCCCUCCCAAAAAGCAGUAGUCGCGUUAUACGUGAUGGGGGUGGCUUUAGAGUGAAGGCCACUUUUGGAGCAGACAAAAUCCGGUUCACCUUGCAACCAAACUGGGGUUUCAGGGACUUGCAACAAGAGACUGCAAGGCGUUUCAAUUUAGACGAUAUUUCUGGAAUUGAUCUCAAGUAUUUGGACGACGAUCAAGAGUGGGUUCUUUUGACAUGUGAUGCUGACCUUGAGGAGUGUAGAGAUGUCUAUAAAUUGUCUGAGAUCCAUACAAUCAAAAUAUCCCUUCAUCAACCUGCUCAACCACAUCUGGGAAGUUCAAUGGAAUCUAGAGGGCCACAUCUGGGAAGUUCAUUGGGAACUGGAGUGCCAUUCUAAAGCCACAGCAAGUUUCUAAAUUCUAAUAGAUCAUGGCAUUUAAGAUUAACAGUGUAAAUUUUCUUCUGUGGUGACUCUUGGUUUGCUUGCCUGCAUCUAGUAGCUUUUGAAAUGGCUUGGGAUUCUGUAAGCAAUUCUUUCCAGUUUCAUGUUUGCAUUUAGCAUGGCAACCAUUGAAUCUUAUUUUACAGAUCAAUGGCUAUGUAGAGGAAAUAAGGAUAUAUUUAAAUCAUUGGUUCAAGUAAGCCUUUCGACUGCCCAUACAUCAUGUAAAUAACAUCGGUAGGAUUGAAUUUCUACAAUGGAAAUG